UCUAGUGGACGGAACUGGAGGUUUCUUCAACAGCGACAAAAUGCUUCUGAUUCAACCAAGGUUGUGGUUUGCAAGCGAACAUUAAACCGAAACAUUGAGGCGUUUAAGACAAAUCUUGUGUAUGUUAUUCUUAGUGUUUUAAACACAAUUCUGUUUACAUAUCUACUCGUUCAUUGAAACGUAGAUUGCUUGUUAAAUUAGCGAAUGUGGUGAAUUGAUACUGCACGAGGCUAAUCGCCCGAAACAUGAGCUCACUAAUCUCGACGGAGAAAGAAGCUCUGAUGAAAGGAGAGGAAGAAGUUUUCAGGAUGAAAAGGGAGGAAGAGGAGGCCAUCACAUUGAAAGAAGAAGAGGAUGACAUUACAGUGAAAGAGGAAUAUGGGAAAGAGGUUGUGGAAGAGGAGGAGAUAGAAGCUUCCAGAAUCAAAAAGGAGGAAGAUGCCGUAAUAUUGAAAGAAGAGGAAGAACCUUUUGGAGUAAAAGAGGAAGAGGAGGCUAUCUCAAUUAAAGAGGAGGAGGAAGACGUUUUGGGAGUGAAAAAGGAUGAGGCUGAAGAUUCGAUUAAGACCAUAGAGAGACGUGACUUUCGUGGAUCCUCUGGGGAGCCUCAACAACAUCCGGAUGCUGACGAGGCAGAGAAGAGUCUCUCCAGAUCAGAUCACCAGAUGGACAACACUAGCCCUUCCUCCCUCCCGGAGUCCCUGUGUCGUGCCUCUCCUGGUAGCACCUUACUGCUGGGUAUGAAGAGGUUGUCUGUGCUGCUGGUGGACUGCAGGAAAACAACAGGACUGAGUGGAACUGUGAGAGGAGGAGAAGAGAAGAAAGGAUCAGAUUUGACUCACCAAAGUAAGUACUGUAGUUUAGUUUGAACAAAUACAAUAGAUCUGCCCACUGGUAUCUGUUACCAGGACAACCAGCAGAGUACUGUUCGUUGACAGGAAGAAGACUGGUGUAUAUGGAUGUUAUGAAUAUCGUAAAAUUGAUAAAGGAUUCUGCCAAUGAAAAGAGAGAAACCAAUAGACCAUAUAAACCUUGAUGAAAGUUAGCUUUAGAGAGAGAUUUUCAAGAUGAUACAAUGUAAGGUGCUUGUUUUACAAAAACGUUUCCUUAAACAUUAUGGAUAUUACAUUGGCUGUCCCAGUCAACCCCCCUAUCUUUACAAGACUGUUGAACAGGCAAACUAAACUCUAGACACUGUUAAUUAAUUAACUUAUUCUGGAGGAAAACUGUGAUCAUGCUGCCCACUCAAGAGAAAGCUUCAAACUGUAACCAGUUCUGGCAACCUGGUUCAGGUUAUCAAUCAACCUACCAGGGUAGUUACAAACAGUGGAGAAUGAAAUCAUCAACAUAGUUUGAUCAUAUCUUUACUAAUGCUGCAGAAAUGGGUUUUAAAGCAGUAUCCAGAUCCAUCAGAUGUAGUGAUCACAAUAUACUAUUAAAGGAGAAGUUUACCCAAAAUCCAGAAACUCCAAGGUGAUUCCCUACAUUGAAACUUGUCCAGUGGAUUUUUCCCUCUCCCCCUCUCUCUCCCUGUGGUGCUGUCCUGAAACAGCUGCUCUCCCCCUCUCUCUCUCCCUGUAGUGCUGUCCUGAAACAGCUGCUCUCCCUCUCUCUCUCCCUGUAGUGCUGUAC